GAGUUACUAGGCAGUGUGCCGCGUUGGACCUUUGCUUCUAUAAACAAAUUCCACAUCAUCCCGCAUUGGAUCUCCUUUGAUACUCUUUUAAAUAUGUCAUCUAGUACCUGUGUUUUGACGAGUGUGUGGAAUCACUCAUCAAAAUCAAAAUCACAAUCAAAAUCAACUUGAUUCAUUGAUUCACACAACUCUGCUUCCAUGUCAGAAAAAUCUUUACUGCCCAUCUACUCCUACAAUCCGAGUCACUCUAUAUCUCCCUGCCGUCCUCCUUUCUCCUUCUGGCCUCACCCUCCCUUUUCCUUUUUGGAUACUAUGAGUUUUACAGAUUUUCUCGAUCUUCUCAUAGCUCGAUUUGAAGAUGUCCUUGACAGUUAAGCAUCUAAACAAUGAUGCAUCAUUCCUCCUAACCUUCUCGCCCAUCUCUCCCUUUCCACCAUCUCCCGGCGGACCAGGGCGACAUGAAAGCUCCUUUACUAUCCUCCUCGAUCCAUGGAUCUCCGGUCCUUCCAAAAUCUUCCACCACAAAUUCUCAAUAUCUCAUCUCAAUUCUCCCUCAUGCAUAUCUUCUCUCACCGAACUCCCAGAACCGGAUCUGGUUAUAAUCAGUCAAGAUAAAACCGACCAUUGCCACGAAGAAACUCUCAAACAACUCUCUCCAGAUGGAAGCAAGACGUUAAUCCUUGCCGAACCCGGGGCCGCAAAGACGAUAAAACGAUGGAAAUACUUCUCUCCCUCGAAAGUCGUCCCUCUCAAACGCUGGGAAGACCCUCGUCUGCGUCGUCCUGACAGUAUCCUUCGAAUUCCUGUACCUCCUCAAUCUCCCAAUGGGGCAGCAGGCGAAGUAACCAUUGCUUUUCUCCCUCAAAAGAACGAUCUCACAGGGUUGCACAACGCAAUUGGGAUAACAUAUCGACCACCCACCCUCUCAAAAUCCUUCUUCGACCCAGCCGAAAAUGCAUACGCUACUCCACCCUCCUCGCCCAACUCCAUCGCCUCUACUCUCUCCAACCCUACCGAGCGUGCUCUCUCUGUCAUCUUCUCUCCACACGGCUGUACAUACAACACGCUCGCUCCUUACGCAUCUUCGCAUCUCGUCUCCCAAGCAGCUCUCCCUCUCACAUCUCUCCUGCACCCCUUCGACCGCAUCUCCAACCCCUGGUACCUGGGCGGAAACAUCAUAUCCGGCUUUCCGGGCGGAGUAUCGAUUGCACAAAAUCUGUGUGCCAAGACGUGGAUUUCCGCCCACGAUGGCGAUAAGACGAGCACGGGAAUGGCAACGUGGAGUAUCAAGAGCGAGAAGUGGGAGAAGGAAGAUGUGGAGAGUGUAGUGUCGCCGCGGAGUGAGAAUUUUAGUGAGAAGAAGGGGACGGGUACGGAGGUUUUGGUAUUGGCGAGUGGAGAGGGCGUGAGGUUGGUGCAUGGAAGUGAUGUUUUGGGGAUGGGAAUGAGGAUUGAGAGGUUGGAUGGAGAGGGUGAUGGUAAUGGUAAUGGUAAUAGUGAUGAGAGGAUAGAGGAAGUUGGAACGAAAGAUAUUGGGGAGGUGUAUUGAUUGACUUUGGAUUGGAUUGGAUUGGAUUGGAUUGCGGCGAGAUGGAUUUAUUAAUGAAUAUCUCGGCUACGGGAAUUUGAAUGCGCAUGGGAAUUUGGAUAAUGGGCACGCAAUUGCAACGGGGAAAUACAUUCACGAAUGGGUUAUGGAAAAUAAACUCCGAUAGCUAUCUAUGUCUAUCGCUAUGAUAUCAGAUAUUAGGACACAUGGCGUUUUGAUUCCUGUUGUGGUUAUACUUUUUGUAUUUGGUUUUCGGGUUGUUUUCUUUUCUUUUCUUUUCUUUUAUACCAUUGUUUGAGGGUUGGUUGACUUCGUAGCUGCUAUGCUAUAUAGGCGGAGAGAUA